AUGGCCGUCGGACGCGUGCGACGUGGCCACAUGCCAACUGGUCUGAUUGGUUCGCUGAUUCGCGUACCGGACAAUUUAAGCCACGGUUCUGCCAGCGAUGUAAUCAUAGUAAUGGCAUUCAACGCGCUACAUCGCCAAUACGCGUGUCCCACAAUCACCGGGACGGUUCAUAUUCAUCCCAAACCAACGCUGACCAAAUCGAGUAAUUGCCUUCCAAUGGCUCCCUGUUCAGUCCAGACAUCAAUGAAUUGUAUGCGAGAAGUGGAUCCUACUGUUCCCGAUCGUCCAACUCGCAGAUUGAGGGUACCGCCGGAACAACGGGAACAACUGCGACGAUUAAAGAAACAAGAUAUGGAACGUCGAAGACGUGCGUGCAUUUCGGACAAAAUGAACGCGCUCCAUAUCAUGGCCAUGCGUGUGAUUGGAGUGGAACCAACCGUGCAGCACAAAUUAGAAAAAGCUGACAUUCUUGGAACCUGUUAUGCGGUACUUGAAGGAAUUGCGAAACUGGCUGACGAUGAUUCCGCUCUACGCUCGCGAUUGCACAGUUUACGCUCCAGAAUCCAAGAGAACUAUGUAUCGAGAAACAUCUCAUCACCGGACGAUACUACACGCAGCAGUACGCUUUCGGAAGAUCCGUUACUGCCAGAUGAUCUGCAAAUGGACAAGGAAAAUCAAACAACUGCACACGUGUAUGCGGCACACUGUCACUCGCAAAACACCAUGACACCAACUGAUUUACGCUGGUCUUCUCUUACCUCCACACCGCUCGCCUCGAUCCCUCCGGGGACGGGUAGUGUCAAACAAACUCUAUCCGAAUCAUCCCAUUCCGAUAGCGGGUUUCACAGCUCUCCAGACACUUCCACUUUGCCCCGAAUCACAAACCGACCGUUCCGAUCACCGCUAACUCCGUUGUCGAUUGGGUCGCAGCACAAGAAUACGCCAAAUUAUGACAAUUGCGGGACACAAUCAGUUCACAACAUGUCGGCAUUCACACCUAUUAGACCGAAACAACAAACUGCAUCUGCCCAUGUAUGGAGACCGUAUUUGGAUUAG